AUGAGUAUGGUCUCUUCCAAGUGCCCUCGUAUCGAGGCAAAGGCACCCGCACACACAGAGAGAGACACAGAGACACAGAGACUCACACACCCGCGCUGCGCUGCGCGCUCGAGCAUGUCGGCGGUUUCCACGAUCGGCAUCACCGCCUUUUCCUUGGCGGGCCGGGAGCUGGCAAAGGUCUUUGUGCCACGGGAUGUCUCAGUGCGGAUGCUGGUCGAAGCGCUGGGAGCGGCUGCUGGAAUCUCCUGGGACGCGUGGCAGUUGACAUGGAAAGGCGAAGCCUUAGAUGACUGGAGUCUCCAACCCUUCACCGCCGACUCAGAGCUGUCUUCCGUGGAGCUUCAGGUGGUUCUGAAGCCGCAGCCUCUGCAGCUGGAGCCGGAGCACGAGCACGCUGUCGAGCUCUUGGAGGCACUGAAGGAGCCCUACGAUGGGCUGCGCGGCCUGAGCUUCGCCCUCGGAUCUCUCCGACAGCUCUCGCUGGGUGCGAAAGAUGAUGACAGGUGUUUCAAGGACUGCCGUGGCGAUGACAGCAGUGGCGUCAUGUCAGAGCCUCAGCUGAACGCUCUCUCGCGUGCCGUUCUUGACGGGAGGUUGCAGUGCACGGUCCUGUGUCUCCGCGGCGUGCUUCGGCCUGUGGGCAUGAUGGGACGUGCCGCCGUGCACCGGCAAGACUCAGCUGACUUAGUCUCGCUGCUGUCGCACAUGCCGCAGCUCACAUCUUUGGAUCUCUCUGGCAACCGUUUGGGGUUCGCCAACACUUGCAUAGAGGCGCUUGGCACAGCGAUGCCGAACCUUCAAAAGCUCACUUACCUGAACCUCUCCUGCAAUGGCUUUUUCUCCUUCCAUGGGGGCUCUGGAAUGCUGCCGCCCCAUGUUUCUGCGCUCUUCGUUUCCCUGCUGAACUUGACCGCCUUGGAAGUUCUGGACCUGUCCUUGAAUGACAAGGCCUUCGUCCGCGAUUUCUGCAAAGAGAAGGAAGAGCUAGGAUCCUCGUUUUUGCCGAGACUGCUGAAGGAGCUGCCGGCUUUGAAGAAGCUCCUCUUUGCUGCGAACGAUGCCGGGUUGAGCACGGUAGAAGCCUUGGAGGCCACGAGACAGCCGGGGUGUGAGAUCGACUAUGGCUUGGAAGACCACGUCGCCAAGGCCCUUUACACGAUUCAGGAGCCUUGGGAAGAGGGCGUCUUCCGCCUGCCCCUGCUCGAUUUGGAGCCGGUGCAGCGGUCGUGGCCGGUCCGCACGGCCUACUACUGGCACCUGGGCUGUGGCCUCGCUGCUGUCGAGGAGGGUCUGCGGCGGCGCGUGGCUUCGGUGGACAUCUCCGGGUUCAAGCUGGGGCGCUCCUGGCCCGGGCUGGUGAAGUGCGUUCUCGCGCCGCACUUCUCGGGGCUCCGUGAGCUGAACUUGCAGAAGACGAACGUUGCCAUCGACUUCCUCACGGCUUUGCACCAGCCGGCCUUCGCGUCCCUGAGAAAGAUCGACCUCGCAGGCUGUGGUUUGUGCCAGUUCACGGACUUGGGCGACGACGGGCCGCAGAUUGCGCAAGCAUUCUCGUUUUGGUCUGAGUCUUUGACUGACCUGGACCUCUCCAACAACUUCAUAAGCGAGUAUGGGGAUUUUUCCCCUGGCCACUUGGAACACAACCUGCCUCCCCUAGUUCGCAGCCUGAAGCGCUUGAAGAGAUUGGCUCUGCGUGACAACGAUAUCGGCGGCCCGGACGAGCGUACAAGGUCUUUGAUUCUGGAUGCCUUCGACAUCGAAGCAUUCCAAGCGGCAUGCCUGGAAGAGCUUGACCUGCAGAGGAAUCCUCUGGAGUCUCCUGACUGGGACGAGCUGCUCGACCGCCUGCGAGCGGUGGUGCCGCAGGUCCACCUGGGCAGCGGCAAAGGCAAGGGCGGCGAGGGCGGCAAGGGCGGCAAGGGCGGGGGUGACAAGGGAGGCGGUGGAAAGAGCGGCGGCAAGCCGAAAGGCGGCAAACAGAGUUCCGAUUAG